AUGGCGUACAAAAGGAGGAAAGACAAGAGUCGUUGCCCCGUCUCCGUGGGAACAAGCGGCUCCUUCUCGCCCUCCGCGCGCCUACUGGGCUUCCUCUGGACCGCAGCCAACACCCUGGCAGGUCUCGGCCUGCGGCCGCCGCCCCUCUACCGGGUUCCACCCCGCUCAGUUGGCCCGUGCGUCCCCUCGAGGCGCGCGGUCUCGCCCUCGCCCGGCUCCGGCGGCGUCUCCAUGGACGGCGGCGCUUAUCGGUGCCGCAGCAACCGGCGCCUCGAGGGCGGCCAGUCCGCGCUGCCCGGCUCGCUGCUCUUCGCGGCGGGGCUCCUGGGCAACCUGCUGGCGCUGGGGCUCCUGUGGCAGCACCAGCUCCGCGCCCGGCUCCAGCGCGCCGGAGGAGGGCGGCCCCGGGCCUCCGCCUUCUACCUCCUGGUGAGCACCUUGGUCGCCACCGACCUGCUGGGUAAGUGCCUGCUGAGCCCCAUCGUCCUGGCCGCCUACGCCCGCAACCUCAGCCUCAGCGAGCUGUGGCCGCCCCCGAGGUCCGCGGUCGCCGUCCAGGAGGAAGACGCCGCGGCUGGAGAGGCGGUCCCCGGCCGGCUGUGCCAGCUGUUCGCCUUCCUGAUGGCCUUCUUCGGCCUGGCGCCCACCGUGUUGCUGCUGGCCAUGGCCCUGGAGUGCUGGCUCUCGCUGGGCCACCCGUAUUUCUACGAGCAUCACACCAGCCGGCGCCUGGGCGCACUGCUGACCUGCGUGGCGGCAGCCCUGUGCGCCCUCUUCUGCGCCCUGCCCCUGCUGGGCGUUGGCGCCCACGUCCAGUACUGCCCGGGCACGUGGUGCUUCAUCCGCAUGGCCGGCGGCGGGCGGGCCUACUCGGUCCUCUACGCCAGCCUGCUGGGCGCGCUGGUCCUGGCCAUCGGCCUCUGCAACCUGAGCAGCAUGCGGAGCCUCUACCGCAUGGCGCGGCGGCGCAGGAGCCACCUGGCCGGAGGGGGAGCGCAGAGCGCCGCCGCGCCUCCUUGCGCCGGCCGCACGGAGGAGCUGGGCCAGCUCGUCCUGCUGGCGCUCAUGACCGUCCUCUUCACCGUCUGCUCCCUGCCGGUGAUUGUCCGUGCUUAUGUUGGAGCCUUCUCCCCAGAUUUCGACGAGAAGGCAGACCUUACAGCCCUCCGCUUUUUUUCUGUGAACUCCAUCGUGGACCCGUGGGUCUUCAUCAUUUUCCGGACGUCCCUCUUUCGCAGUUGCCUCCGAGCGGUUUCUAGGAGGCUGAGUGCAAAGAGGGCUCCACACUCUCAGCUCUUGGAAAUUUGGGGCCGGAAGGAAUCUGGCCCACUACAGUGAGGCAUUUCCUUCCUCUGGUGAACUGGAGCAAGAGGUGACACAACUGGACUUUCCCCCCCUUAUGUGAAUUGUCACGUGCCAAGGGAUGGGCCACAGUGUCUGCAAGUGAGCUUUUUUCCUCAUCGAAAGACAGGGCUGACUUAUCUCCAGGAUAGUGAUCACAUCACCAUUCGUGGAUUCUGUUCUUCUAAGACAGGAUUUGGUGCCCAUUGGAAAUUUCAAGUAGCAGUAACCAAACAGAAGGUCAUCUUCAUGACCAACCUACUUGACCUGUGGAGCCUUUCACUGAAGCAUUCAGGAACUGGCUCGCACCAAACUUGCAAAUAAAUCCACCAAAGGUGCUGGCCCCCUUGCAUUUUAACAAGCCGAGCUGCCUUGCAGGUAUCAGUCACUUGUGGCACAUCUGUGGCCCAAAAGGUUAAAAAAGGAGUCAGCCCUCUUCCAGUUUGCAAAGGUUUUCCUGCCAGGUCACCUGGAGGCAAUAGUUGCUCAGCACGGGUGACCAGGAAAGUGGCUGGUCUCAUGCAAACGUCACAUAGCAGAGUGGGGUCAGCUCGGACCCAGGGCCAAAGUGUGCUGCCUUGAAGGGCAAAUUUCCCUAGUACAGGCAUUAGAAAUGCUAGGAGUCCCCACCACAAUUGUUCCAGGCGCAACAAAUGUGCAGCUGUGGUUGGAGCUCCCAUCUCAAAAAGAGACCAUGGACCUGGAAAAGGUGCAGGAGAAGUGCAGAAGAAGGAACACAAAGUAAUCAGGGACUAAAAGAUAUCCUUACCUUACUUCCCCGCCUGGUCCUCUUCCAGAGAGGGGAGCUGAAUUGCCCUUUCAGUAUUUUAAUCACACAAAAAAACCCUUCCCUUGCUUUGUAUAUGAAUGGUGCAUAGGACGGUUAAAGAAAUAUCCGGCAAAGUCGUCCAGGAUUUCCACUUGCACAACACAACUUCUUCUCCCUCUCCUCUCCCCACCUGCCCCCCAUCCCUCCCCCCAAUCUGCUCCUGGAGUCUGGGAGAACCACCAGAGCAGAUUUGGGUUGGGGAGAGGGAGGGGAAGUCCUGUAGUGCAAGCAGAAGUCCUUGCACCAAUAGGACGACUCUGCUGGAUGCCAACCAUGGUUUUUACUGUUGCCUCACAUUUAACCCCGAGCAUUGCUGGGGAAAAUGAGUCACGCGAGCAUCAGUCAGGCUGGGACUGAAAAGGGACAAGGAAAACGAUCAAAAGGGUUGGAGCCCUUGAGGAAAAGCACAGGUUAGGGAAUGUUGAGAAAAAGGAUGAAAAUAAAAACCCCAGACGUAACAACACUAUUCUGUAAAGUUGGGGUGCAUUCAGCCAUGCAUCAUUUGAGGAGCAGGCCUUUCCUGGAAGUUCAUUUUGUUCUGGUCUGGCCAAACAUCCACCAUUUUUUAAGCCUUGAGCGCAGGAGAAAACUGUUUGUCCUGUUUGCCGCUGAGGGGCUGGGGACAGCACUGAUUGGUUGGCCCUUAUGGCAAUCACAAAGGCACUUCCCCCAUCCUCCCCGGAGCAGUUUUUCACGUACAGAAAACCGUUUGGUUUGUUUUAGCUGCUGGACAAAUGUUUACUCUGAUACAUUCGCAAGGUGCUUGAUUUAUAUUUUUUAAAAGGCAGACAGACAUCUAGAAGCGUAAGCGGGGAGGGGCUGAAGAGGAAAUAAAUGUUGGUUUUGGAGGAAAGUGUGUGUGUGUC